AUGCAAUUGUUUUCACCACAAGCAGAGAAUCAAGCAUUGACGAAUCAUCCAAAAACGAAUAACGAUGCUACAGGUAAUAAUAGCCCUAAUGACAGUGACCCAGGAUUAUUAAGUUUGUUGCACCAAAGGGUGUUGAUUGCUACCAAUUCUGCCAAAUUGAGGAAAACCAAUUCCAAUCCCAGCACAUUCAACUUUAAUAAUAAUAAUGCAAGUACCAUCAUAAAUACUUCCAAUAGCAGAAAUCAAAAUAGUGAAACCAGUUCAAUUACGUCAGAUGAACAUUUAAUUCCAUCACCUCCAUUGUCUCCAACCAUUUCUACUGUUGAUACCACUCAAUUGGCAAACUUCAGCGAUAUUUACGAGUCAAAAAAUGGUAUUACAUUAUUACCUAGUUGGGAAAGAGGAUUGACUACUAAGGAUUAUCAUUAUCGUCUAACACAAUUCCUCUCAAGAUAUAAAACAGUAUUUGGAAAUGAAGCGAAAGAUAUAAUAACUGUUCCUCGCAGUAUAAAAAGAUUAAGAAGUUAUAAUAGAAAUACAAAUAAUCAAUUCAAUAAAGAUAGGAGCGGAAAAGCACAAAUUAUAACAAGAAGGUAUAACACAAGAUCAGAGGGGGAAAGGACUCCAAGGGCGUCAUCAAAAUCCUCUUAUUAUACCAAGGAUUCGCAAUAUGAGACAUAUGACCGUCACUUACUUACUCCACCUUCACCUCGCAGAAAUAUAUCAUAUGGUAGGUCAAUUACUCCUAUCCGUAGAGUUAAAAAGACACUUCCAAUGGUGUCAUCACCGUUAGCAUCCGCUUCUGCAAUUCAUUCUGCCCCUCAAUAUAUACCUAAUAUGUCGUGGGAGAAACUUCCUGAUUAUUCACCUUCCACAUCUACGUUACCAGCUAAUAAUCCAAAAUGCUUGAAAGUGGAAUGGAAAGGUUCCCCAAUGGAUUUAUCACAUGAUCCAUUGAAAAAUAAUUUACAUCCAGCUGAAUUAAUAUUGGCGCAAGUAUUAAGAUUACCUUGUGAUUUAUAUUUAGAUUCAAAGAGAAGAUUAUUUUUGGAGAAAGUUCAUCGUUUGAAAAAAGGUUUACCAUUUAGGAGAACUGAUGCUCAAAAGGCAUGUAGGAUUGAUGUAAAUAAAGCUUCAAGAUUAUAUGCUGCUUUUGAGAAAGUAGGAUGGUUAAAGGAUUCGAAUUUCCUUUCUAAAUUAUAA